CCCAUCUUUAACCCUUGGUAUUCUUGAAAUUCUUGCUUCGUGUCCUACCUCGGUUCUAUCUCUUCAUAACCUCACGGAAAACAAGAGACAAUUCUUUAAAGAUGUGUGGAAUUUUCGCUUGCCACCAACAUCCUGAUGUUGCCAAAUUCAAGCCUACCGCGCUGCGGAUGGCAAAGCAGAUCCGUCACCGUGGACCAGAUUGGAGCGGAAACUACGUUGGCGGAAACACCAUUCUUGCUCACGAGCGCCUAAGCAUCGUCGGUGUUGAGAGUGGAGCGCAGCCUCUUACCAACGAGGACGACAGCAUUGCCCUGGCCGUCAAUGGAGAGAUUUACAACCACAGGGUCGUUCGCAAGACCCUUAAGACCCCAUACCACUUCAAGACGCACUCCGAUUGCGAAGUUAUCAUUCCUUUGUAUCUUGAACAUGGUAUCGAUGCGCCGAAGUACCUCGACGGCAUGUUCUCUUUUGUUCUGUUCGACAAGAAGGAGGACCGAAUUAUUGCUGCACGCGACCCCAUCGGCAUUACCAGCUUUUACCAGGGAUGGUCCAGCGAGACACCAGGAGCGGUAUACUUUGCGUCAGAGCUGAAAUGCCUGCACCCCGUAUGCGACAAAAUCAUCUCAUUCCCACCUGGACACAUCUUUGACUCGAAGACUGGCAAGACGACUCGCUACUUCGAACCAACUUGGUAUGACGAGAAGAGAGUUCCUACCGAUGCAUUGGACCUCAAGCACCUUCGCGAGACUUUUGAGAAGUCCGUCCGCAAGCGUCUCAUGGCUGAGGUGCCAUACGGUGUUCUGCUGUCUGGUGGCCUUGAUUCCAGUUUGGUUGCAGCCAUUGCCCAGCGUGAGACUCUGCGCCUGAAGAAGCAGGUUCAGGAGGCCAUUGAAGCCUCGCCAAAGGAGAAUGUCGAUGAGGACCACGGAGAGGGCCUUGUUGGUAUUGACGACGAUAACAACCUUAACACUCUUACAUACCUCCCCCAGCUCAACUCCUUCUCUAUCGGUCUUCCAGGGUCGCCAGAUACGAUUGCGGCCAAGGAGGUUGCAAAGUUCUUGGGAACAAAGCAUCACGAUAUGACCUUCACAAUUGAGGAUGGUCUCAAUGCUCUGUCCGAUGUCAUUUACCACCUCGAGUCAUACGAUGUUACCACUAUCCGUGCCUCUACGCCCAUGUUCUUGCUCGCAAGGAAGAUCAAGGCAAUGGGAGUUAAGAUGGUCCUCAGUGGUGAGGGCAGUGACGAAAUCUUCGGAGGAUACCUCUACUUCCACGCUGCUCCCGAUAAGGAGUCUUUCCAGGCCGAGACUGUUCGCCGUGUUAAGAACCUCCACCUGUCGGAUUGCCUGAGAGCCAACAAGUCUACCUCUGCCUGGGGAUUGGAGGCCCGUGUCCCAUUUUUGGAUAAGGAGUUCCUCGAGGUUUCGAUGAACAUUGAUCCUAAGGAGAAGAUGAUUACCGGAGAUCGCAUUGAGAAGUAUAUCCUCAGAAAGGCGUUUGAUACCCCCGAGGACCCAUACCUGCCAGACAAGAUCCUCUACAGGCAAAAGGAGCAGUUCUCUGAUGGUGUUGGCUACGGGUGGAUUGAUGCCCUCAAGGAUAACGCGGAGCUACACGUCACCGAUGAGAUGAUGAAGAACCCCAAGCCAGAAUGGGGCGCUGAUAUCCCAGACUCCAAGGAGGGUUACUGGUACAGAAUGAUGUUUGACGAGCACUUCCCCCCAUCCUGUGCUGAGACUGUCAUGCGCUGGACACCAACAUGGUCAAAGCAGACCGACCCCAGCGGAAGGGCUAUUGAGACUCACGUUGCGAAGUACGAGGAGUAAGGGAUGGUCUUAUCGGCAGCAAUUUGAUUUGUGUUUCCGAGGGAUGAUCUCUUCAGCAUUUCGUCAUUUGGCAUUUUCAUCAACUUGGGUAUGCGAAUUUAUUUUUGAGUAAGGCGUUGCAUUCUGUAAUAGAUGGUUUCGGAACUCCUGGAGUGGGCGAAUCUGUUCCUCAUAGCCACUGACUCCAUGGGAAACGAGGACUAGUGAUGGGAAACGAUGUCCAUACAGGUAGUUUGUCUCCUACGAUUUUCCAUGAGGUCUGUAUUGUGUGCAAGACAAAUAACCUGGGAAGAAAAACGUGGUAGGGAAGGAUGAUGUCAAACAGAGCGACCAGUAAGAUCACAUACAGGCACUAUAUAUAGAAAUAGAUAGAUUGUUUGCUAUGGAACACUUGGCGGUUAUGCAAGGAAGCCAGCUCAAUCCAUCACCUACUCAU